AUGCAGCGACGCUGGCGACACAAACGAGACCCGUUGCCGUGCAAGUUUGCGUCCUGGAGCCCGCGCCGGCUAGAGUGCGAUAUAUGCGGUGGCUUCCAGGAACUCAGGUCAUUUUCGCUUCUGAACCGGGCAGAAAACAUCGACAAAGGGCGGCAACGCCAAUGUCUCGGCUGCGAAGGAGCCGUGCAGCUGUGCGAGCACGUCCACCUCUCCUGGGCCACCAUCCAGGACCACAUCACGUCGUAUUGGCAAGGGCAGCUUUUGACGGGAAGGCUGGGAACAUGGCAGGCCUGCUUCGACAGCUUUGACUUUGUCUGCCACGAUCCCAGCCACGAUAGACGCUGCACGGCCGCAGGCGAGCCGACGUAG